AAUAAAAAAAAAAAACAGCUCGCCUGUCCCCCCGCCGCUGUUUCACGAUUUAAAACACUCCUUAAAAAUAAAAAGUAACAAAACACCGACGGGACUGAGCGUUGCUUCCCCCCCACCCACCCCUGUUAUUGUCUUCUCUCCGCCCGACAGAAAGGAUAAUCUCCGGAGCUUGUGUUCGCACGGAUCCCCAAUGAUGAGUUAUGCUGAAAAGCCAGAAGACAUCACGAAAGAAGAGUGGAUGGACAAAUUAAACAAUGUUCAUAUACAGAGGGCGGACAUGAAUCGGCUCAUUAUGAAUUACCUGGUGACAGAGGGAUUCAAAGAGGCUGCGGAGAAGUUUCGGAUGGAGUCUGGGAUCGAGCCGAGUGUGGACCUGGACUCUUUGGAUGAGAGGAUAAAGAUUAGAGAGAUGAUCCUGAAGGGACAGAUACAGGAAGCUAUUGCACUCAUCAACAGCUUACACCCGGAGCUGCUCGACACCAAUCGAUACUUGUAUUUUCAUCUGCAGCAGCAACAUUUGAUUGAGUUAAUCAGGCUAAGGGAGACUGAGUCAGCGCUGGAGUUUGCCCAGACACAGCUGGCCGAGCAGGGGGAGGAGAGCCGCGAGUGUCUGACGGAGAUGGAGAGAACAUUAGCCCUUCUGGCCUUUGACAACCCGGAGGAGUCACCCUUCGGAGACCUGCUUAACAUGAUGCAACGGCAAAAGGUGUGGAGUGAGGUGAACCAAGCUGUGCUGGACUAUGAAAACAGAGAGUCAACGCCCAAACUGGCUAAACUCCUGAAGCUGCUGCUGUGGGCACAGAAUGAGCUGGACCAGAAGAAGGUGAAAUACCCCAAAAUGACUGACCUUAGCACAGGCACCAUCGAGGACCCCAAGUGAACAUAACAGACAAGAACAACCACCUUCCACGUCCCCUUAAUUUAUGAUCAGUCAGUGACUGUGUGACAACCAGGUAACAUAUAUGUAUAAACAAAUGCUACGUUGUUGUUUUUUUUUUUUUCAUGUUUCAUUCAUGAGAGGUUAAGACUUUACUCAUUGUGCAAACUGUAAAUUGCUGUAUUUGCAAAUUGACAGAAAUUAUUUAGUUUAAAUACUGUAUCCUGGAUUUUUAGAUAGAUCUCGGAGACAAAGAAAUUCAAAUUGCUGUUUUAUAUUUUGUCUUUCUAAAGCCUAAGCCAAUAGUAUUAUUUAUUGUGACCGUUGUCCCCCACCAAGACUUUAUUUUGCCAGAAAGAGAGUUGAUGGUAUAAAUGAACACUGUUAAUACUGUAGCACGUGUGUGUGUGUGUGUGUGUGUGUGUGUGGAGCCGAAAGCUUGGUUCCACAGGAUGGAGGGGAGUACAGCUGUAAAGGUUUAAACUUUGAAACAGCAGGCACACAAUCGCCCUUUUUAUAAGUGAAGAUGUGUUUAGACUGAGAUGACACACUGAAAGAGUCUAGAUCAGAAAUAAAUUUAAAUUUCAUACACAAAAAUGUGAGUAUUUUUCAAUUAAAUGGAAAGACACACUUUAUUAAUGUAAUAUAGUUUUAAUUAAUAUAAUAUUUCAUCGAUUUUUGUUUAGAAUCACUUGCUUUCUACACUUUUUGAAAUGUGAUUGUACCUUUACAGUAUGUCUAUGGGAUGAACUGCCUUUGCAAAAUGAUCAUUUCUUAAGUGUUUGAGAGGGUUGAAAGAAGUCCUGACUGACGGGUUGAAAUCAGAGAUGGCUUUCUGACUGAGUUUUAACCCCUUUUUCUUUUUGUGAGUCUAAAGAAUGCAUCGCCCCCCAAACAUGCUCCAAACGAUUGUGGAUGGGUUUCAUGUUACAAGGGGUUGAGGUUAGGAUAACGUUCUGCCAGACCCGCCGAUGGAAGGAGGAUUUAUACGCUGCUUGAGAGAAAGGGCUGCUCCGAUGAAGAAAUGCAAAUGAGUGACGGAGGCCAAUUUCGACAACUCUCUAGUUAGAGAACUCAUAUAAUUAAAAUCUAUUCUGACUUA